AUGUCGCAGUCGUCGUCUCAGCAAGCCGACGUAGAUGGCUGUUUCUCGAAGUUGUCAAAUCUCCCUACGGAACGGAGCCUGGCGCUGGCUUGCUUCGUGGCACAUGUGCUACGAUGGGUUUUUGAUUCACCGUUCCAUGUCGACGAUUCAGAGCGGGAUGACAUGAACAACACAUACUGUUGGGUUGCAAAAAAGUGCGGCCUUCAGAUGGUGAGAACAUUAGACACCCUAGCCACUAUCGGGAUGAGCCAAAACAGUCACUUCGGAGAAUUUGAAGUCCCCAAUCUAGCUGCGAAGCAGUCUGCGGACUUCUACGACGAGUUUGCGAACUAUCUUCCUUUGAACCAGUCGCUCGAUCAUGAUGGUUUCAAACUCAAAGUAUGGUUGCAUGAAGUCAUGCAAUUGAAGCUGGAGCUUGUCGUUUCGCGAUAUCAUCAUCGAAUCGAGUUCGUUAGGCCGGGAACCAUGUUUGAUAGCAGCUGGAUGACCGAGAUACCCGACGAAGAGGGCAGCGCAUUGAUACCAGACACGCAGUAUCGUGUUCGUCUUUGUGUCAGCCCCGCUCUCGUGGGUCGUAUCGACGAUAUGAAGUGGUCGCAAGGACCUGUAUCGACUCACGAGUCUGAAGAGUACAAGCUUGCUCUUUUGGAAUCCAGAGACUUCUUCACUGAAGACACCGUUCAGGAAAAGGCUUCGCCCCGAAACGGGCUUAUCAGCCGAGCCGUGGUACUUGUGGAAGCAGUGCCAAAAGAUGGAGUUGCGGGGGAAGAGGCUGGGCUACGAGCACUGUAAGCGAAAGCGAAGAGUUGGUGUCGCGUAGCGAUGCUGCCACCGGGUGAUGGGGUCUCAAAAGGCGAACAUAUGCACUGCAAUGUAUGCAUGCGAUUAGCGAAACAUAGUAUUACAUGGUUUUUACUUGGACGGCAAAAUAU